GAAUGAAAUAAUCCAAUACUGGGGAUACCCCAGUGAAGAGCAUGAAAUUUUGACAGAGGAUGGCUACUACUUGCAAGCAAACAGAAUUCCUUAUGGAAUGCACAGUUCUGGGAAGACAGGUCCUAGGCCAGUUGUUUUACUGGUACAUGGUAUUUUGAGUGAAGGUAGGACCUGGAUUGUAAAUCCUCCCAACAGUAGCCUAGGAUUUGCUCUAGCAGAUGCUGGCUGUGAUGUUUGGUUAAUAAAUACUAGAGGGACCAGCUGGUCUAGGAGACACAAGACCCUAUCAAUUGACCAAGAAGAAUUUUGGAAUUUCAGCUUCCAUGAAAUUGCUAUAUAUGAUAUUCCAGCAACAAUAAAUUUUAUCCUGCACAAAACUAAGGAAGAAGGGUUGUAUUAUAUCGGUCAGUCUCAGGGUGGGACACUUGGUUUAGUUGCCUUUUCACUCAGGCCACAGGUUGCUCAGAAAGUCAAGCUCUUCAUGGCUUUGGCUCCUACCUACACAUUUGUGGGCACCAGUGGACCUGCGGCGAUAUUUUUCAAUCUUCCUGAUGGAUUAAUCAGACUGAUAUGGGGGACGAAAGAAUUUGUCGGUUUUAGUAACAAACGGAAAAGACUGAAUGCCAAGCUCUGUAGUUAUCCAGUAAUAGAUCAGAUUUGUAUCCAAAUUAUUUUCCUGAACAGUGGAUGCAAUCCAAAUAACUUAAAUGUGAGUCGAGUAGAUGUGUAUACUGGAAUUCUUCCCGAUUUUGCUUCUGUAAAAAACAUGAUCCACUUGGCCCAGGUUUUUAAAUCAAAAGAACUGAAAUAUUUUGACUAUGGCAGUAAGAACAAAGCUAUAUACAAUACGACCACUCCUCCAUUCUAUCAAAUCGAAGACAUGGUUGUGCCAACUGCUGUGUGGUAUGGUGGACAUGAUAUUAUGUCAAACAGAAAGGACAUUCAGCUGUUGCUUCCUCGAAUCUCUAAUUUGGUUUUCCAUAAGUAUAUUCCUGAAUGGCAGCAUGCCGAUUUUUUAUGGGGUCUGGAUGCUCCAAAGAAACUAUACCCUGAUAUAUUUCAUCUGAUACUGAAGUACAAAUAAAAUGUUACA